AAGCGACUGGUCACAUUGCCACCCUCGUGCGAAGGACGCACUCCACAAGCGAGCACUGACCUUCGGUUGCUGGUUUGUCCACCGUAAAAUUCCUCUGCACUCUGCAGGUGUUUAUUUCGGGUCUUCAGGGCGUGCGAACAGGAGAUGGCCGAUUUCAGAAAAAAAAAUAAAAGAAAAAAAAAAAUAAAAAGAAGAAGAAGAAGACGACGACGACGACGACGAAGAAGAAGAAAAGAGGACUACUGCAUCUCGUCGGCUUCCCCGUCAAGCAUCGAUAGGCCCGUUCAGUCGCUUUGUACAGACGGGAAAGCAGACUGCGAGCCUUCGGAACGGAUGAUUUUCACGCUCCCGUCACCGUGGCUGGCUAGGGUGGAGGCCAAGGAGACGUGAGUGCACCACUCAGGCAUCUGGGUCCGGAGUAAUUACGAAAGAAAAAAAAAAGAACAAAAACAAAAACAAAAAGGAAACUACUACGUAAAAAGAC